AUGCAUCGCUAUAUCUUUGCAUUCAUCUCCAUAACCGUUGCCAUAACGGUUGUCAGUUGUUACGGGCCCAACUACUACUGCUCACCAAGCCUUUGUCCGCACGGUGGACCAAACGUUGGCUGCAAUCCACCACCUCUUUCUGGAGGACCUUUUUGCUAUGGAAAAUCGCCCAGUGUCGUACUGAUGACACCUACCGUCCAGGCACACAUCCUUCAUCUGCACAAUUACUACCGAUCGCGGGUAGCUUCCGGCUAUCAGUUUCCUCUCGGGCCGGCCACACACAUGUACACGAUGGUUUGGGACGACGAGCUGGCAGCCCAGGCGGCUAACAAUGCACGGUCGUGUGUGUUUGCUCACGACCGAUGUCGCAAUACACCGCAAUUUCUCACCUCCGGCCAGAACUUAGCACUGAUCAAGUUUUACGAACCAUUGACGUACACCGUGACCGAUUUGAUAACACGUUUCGUUGCCGGUUGGUGGAAAGAGUACAAAUACACCAAACCUGCCUACAUUCAGGCGUUUCCACGUUCGCAGGUCAAAACCAUCGGUCACUUUACAAUGCUAGUGAACGAUCGCACCUGGAAGGUAGGAUGUGCGAUGCAAAACUGGAGUGAAGGAAGUGCAACGAAGGUGUACUUCGUGUGCAACUACUCCUACAAUAACAUCAUUAGUCAGCAGGUGUACACGAUGGGUAGAGCUGGUUCCCAGUGUCAGGCUGGCAUGAAUCCUAACUAUCCCGGACUUUGUAGGACGUGAAUCUAUUUGUUCAUAACCGAUCGUGUUGUAGUAUAUGAUUUCUGUGAACAUCAAAAACCAAUACAAAUCUGAAAGUUUAAG